GCUGUGGCUCAGAGACCCUAAGCUGUAGCCAGGAUGAUGGAUGAUGACACGGAACUGAGGACGGAUGGAAACUCACUUUUAAAGGCUGUGUGGCUCGGGAGGCUCAGGCUGACAAGGCUCCUCCUGGAAGGGGGCGCAUACAUCAACGAAAGCAAUGACAAGGGGGAGACGGCUCUCAUGGUGGCGUGCAUCACCAAGCAUGUGGACCAGCAGAGCAUCAGCAAGUCCAAGAUGGUCAAGUACCUGCUGGACAACAGGGCAGACCCCAACAUCCAGGAUAAGUCUGGCAAGACCGCCCUCAUCCAUGCCUGCAUCCGAAGAGCUGGGGGGGACGUGGUCUCCCUGCUGCUGGAGAAUGGAGCAGACCCCAGCCUUGAGGACCGCACUGGGGCUUCAGCUCUGGUUUAUGCCAUAAAUGCAGAUGACAAGGAUGCGUUGAGACAUCUUCUGGAUGCCUGCAAGGCCAAAGGCAAGGAGGUAAUUAUCAUAACGACAGACAAGUCGUCUUCGGGCACCAAAACCACCAAACAGUAUCUGAAUGUACCCCCUUCACCCAAAGAGGAAGACAGACAGUCGCCUCCCCCCUGUGCUUCUCCAUCUGAGGUUGAACUUAAGGCUCCAGGCCUGGGCUCUCCACCCAGCGAGAAGGAAGAUGACUUCUUUAGCCUCCAAUCAGGGCAUCCAAGUAGUUGCAACACUGCCAAGGCUCUUAAUGAACCCGGGUCGCCUGCUCGGAAAGUUGGGAAUCUCAAAAGGGCCCGCCUGCCUCAGCUGAAGAGGCUCCAGUCUGAGCCCUGGGGCCUGACUGCACCCUCCGUGUUGGCUGCCUCCUGCGUGCAUCAGGACGAGACCCACGGUGUGGGCAUGGACGGCGAGGUCAAGAGCAUCGGUGAUGUAUCCUUCCCCAGAAGGAGCCCCCUCUCCAGAACCAGCAGCAUUGAUGGCAAAGAUGCCAGCCUCGUCCACACUGUCACGGAACAGGUUGUGAAGAUCCCGGUCUCUUCGGCAUCGGCCUCAUGGAAGGCAGCCUACGAGAAGACUCAGGCUCCCCACCCACGUCUGGCCAGAAGAGGCACUCUCCCUAUCGACCAAGAGAAGGUGGGCAUCUGCCCAGUGGGUCCCUCUGCUCUCAAAGACACCAUGACCCUCAAACGGCUGGAGAAUGACCUCUAUGAUUUAGAGUUACAGCCUGGGGCCGACCUGCCCAACCCUAUCUCCCUAGAAUCAGGCAAAGGACCACUGGAUCGCAAGAAGCUCAACAGCUCCCACCUGUCUCUCUUCCAGGGCUCUAGGGAGUCCCUGGAUGCUGUGUCCAGCACGUCACCCAACUCAGCCCGCCGCAGGCCACCCCAUCUUCUAGAAAGACGAGGUUCUGGAACCUUGCUCCUGGAUCGAAUUUCUCAGACCAGGCCCGGCUUCCUCCCACCUUUAAAUGUAAAUCUGAACCCACCUAUCCCGGAUAUUAGAGUGAGCAGCAAAUCUUCCUCUCCACUUGCUAGUGGCUUAAAAUCCAUGGUUCCUGUCGCUCCAAGCUCACCAAAGAGAGUUGACUUGAGAAGUAAAAAGAAACUCCUCCGGAGGCAUUCUAUGCAAGUUGAGCAGAUGAAGCAACUGUCUGACUUUGAGGAAACCAUGACCUAGACUAAGCUUCUAGGGAGGUUUUUUUGGGGUUUUGUUUUGUUUUAAAUCUAUGUAGUUUAUGAAUAGUACUGUAAUCUAGACCAACAUAGCCAUGCAGACUCUCUGUAUCCUGAUCAUUCCUUAAUGAUGGUGUGUGGCUGCUUCAAAAG